UCGGGAGGCGCGCGGAGCCAGCGGAGCCCGAGCCCGCGCCGCCAUGCCCCUGGCCUUCUGCGGCAGCGAGAACCACUCGGCCGCCUACCGGGUGGACCAGGGCGUCCUCAACAACGGCUGCUUUGUGGACGCGCUCAACGUGGUGCCGCACGUUUUCCUACUCUUCAUCACCUUCCCCAUCCUCUUCAUCGGAUGGGGCAGUCAGAGCUCCAAGGUGCACAUCCAUCACAGCACGUGGCUUCAUUUCCCUGGGCACAACCUGCGGUGGAUCCUGACUUUCAUGCUGCUCUUCGUCCUGGUGUGUGAGAUUGCAGAGGGCAUCCUGUCUGAUGGGGUGACCGAAUCCCGCCACCUCCACCUGUACAUGCCAGCCGGGAUGGCAUUCAUGGCUGCUGUCACCUCUGUGGUCUACUAUCACAACAUCGAGACUUCCAACUUCCCCAAGCUGCUAAUUGCCCUUCUGGUGUAUUGGACCCUGGCCUUCAUCACCAAGACCAUCAAGUUUGUCAAGUUCUUGGACCACGCCAUCGGCUUCUCGCAGCUACGCUUCUGCCUCACGGGGCUGCUGGUGAUCCUCUAUGGGAUGCUGCUCCUUGUGGAGGUCAAUGUCAUCAGAGUGAGGAGAUACAUCUUCUUCAAGACACCGAGGGAGGUGAAGCCGCCGGAGGACCUGCAGGACCUAGGGGUGCGCUUCCUGCAGCCCUUCGUGAAUCUGCUGUCCAAAGGUACCUACUGGUGGAUGAACACCUUCAUCAAGACUGCCCACAAGAAGCCCAUCGACUUGCGAGCCAUUGGGAAGCUGCCCAUCGCCAUGAGGGCCCUCACCAACUACCAGCGGCUCCGCGAGGCCUUUGACGCCCAGGUGAGGAAGGAUGUGCAGGUCACUCAAGGUGCCCGGGCCAUCUGGCAGGCACUCAGUCAUGCCUUCGGGAGGCGCUUGGUCCUCAGCAGCACUUUCCGCAUCUUGGCCGACCUGCUGGGCUUCGCCGGGCCACUGUGCAUCUUUGGGAUCGUGGACCACCUUGGGAAGGAAAACGACGUCUUCCAGCCCAAGACACAAUUUCUCGGAGUUUACUUUGUCUCAUCCCAAGAGUUCCUUGCCAAUGCCUACGUCUUAGCCGUGCUUCUGUUCCUUGCCCUCCUACUGCAAAGGACAUUUCUGCAAGCAUCCUACUAUGUGGCCAUUGAAACUGGAAUUAACUUGAGAGGAGCAAUACAGACCAAGAUUUACAAUAAAAUUAUGCACCUGUCCACCUCCAACCUGUCCAUGGGAGAAAUGACUGCUGGGCAGAUCUGUAAUCUGGUUGCCAUCGACACCAAUCAGCUCAUGUGGUUUUUCUUCUUGUGCCCAAACCUCUGGGCUAUGCCAGUACAGAUCGUUGUGGGUGUGAUUCUCCUCUACUACAUCCUCGGAGUCAGUGCCUUAAUUGGAGCAGCUGUCAUCAUUCUACUGGCUCCUGUCCAGUACUUCGUGGCCACCAAGCUGUCUCAGGCCCAGCGGAGCACACUGAGCAGAAGCCUCUCCCCUCUGACUCGGGGACCCCUGCAGGAGUAUUCCAAUGAGCGGCUGAAGCAGACCAACGAGAUGCUCCGCGGCAUCAAGCUGCUGAAGCUGUACGCCUGGGAGAACAUCUUCCGCACGCGGGUGGAGACGACCCGCAGGAAGGAGAUGACCAGCCUCAGGGCCUUUGCCAUCUAUACCUCCAUCUCCAUUUUCAUGAACACGGCCAUCCCCAUUGCAGCUGUCCUCAUAACCUUCGUGGGCCAUGUCAGCUUCUUCAAAGAGGCCGACUUCUCGCCCUCCGUGGCCUUUGCCUCCCUCUCCCUCUUCCAUAUCUUGGUCACACCGCUGUUCCUGCUGUCCAGUGUGGUCCGAUCUACCGUCAAAGCUCUAGUGAGCGUGCAAAAGCUGAGCGAGUUCCUGUCCAGUGCAGAGAUCCGUGAGGAGCAGUGUGCCCCCCGUGAGCCCACGGCCCAGGGUCCAGCCAGCAAGUACCAGGCGGUGGAAGAGGGGCUCCCUUCCCUACACAGCUCCCAGCCCAGUGGGUCCUCACCUCCAAACCACCCCCAGCCCCUCAAGGUUGUGAACCGCAAGCGUCCAGCCCGGGAGGAUUGUUGGGGCCUCACCGGCCCACUGCAGAGCCUGGUCCCCAGUGCAGAGGGCGAUGCUGACAACUGCUGUGUCCAGAUCACGGGAGGCUACUUCACGUGGACCCCAGAUGGAAUCCCCACACUGUCCAACAUCACCAUUCGUAUCCCCCGAGGCCAGCUGACCAUGAUUGUGGGACAGGUGGGCUGCGGCAAGUCCUCGCUCCUUCUAGCCGCACUGGGGGAGAUGCAGAAGGUCUCAGGGGCUGUCUUCUGGAGCAGCAGCCUUCCUGACAGCGAGACAGGAGAGGACCCCAGCCCAGAGCGGGAGACAGCGACUGGCUCGGAUAUCAGGAAGAGAGGCCCUGUGGCCUAUGCUUCUCAGAAACCAUGGCUGCUAAAUGCCACUGUGGAGGAGAACAUCAUCUUUGAGAGUCCCUUCAACAAACAACGGUACAAGAUGGUCAUUGAGGCCUGCUCUCUGCAGCCAGACAUCGACAUCCUGCCCCAUGGAGACCAGACCCAGAUUGGGGAACGGGGCAUCAACCUGUCUGGUGGUCAGCGCCAGCGAAUCAGUGUGGCCCGAGCCCUCUACCAGCAUGCCAACGUCGUCUUCUUGGAUGACCCCUUCUCAGCUCUGGAUAUCCAUCUGAGUGACCACUUGAUGCAGGCUGGCAUCCUUGAGCUUCUCCGGGACGACAAGAGGACAGUAGUCCUAGUGACCCACAAGCUGCAGUACCUGCCCCAUGCAGACUGGAUCAUUGCCAUGAAGGAUGGCACCAUCCAGAGGGAGGGUACCCUCAAGGACUUCCAGAGGUCUGAGUGCCAGCUCUUUGAGCACUGGAAGACCCUCAUGAACCGGCAGGACCAAGAGCUGGAGAAGGAGACUGUCACAGAGAGAAAAGCCACAGAGCCACCCCAGGGUCUAUCUCGUACCAUGUCCUCGAGGGAUGGCCUUCUGCAGGAUGAGGAAGAGGAGGAAGAGGAGGCAGCUGAGAGCGAUGAGGACGACAACUUGUCGUCUGUGCUGCACCAGCGUGCCGAGAUCCCAUGGCGAGCCUGCGCAAAGUACCUGUCCUCUGCCGGCAUCCUGCUCCUGUCGCUGCUGGUCUUCUCACAGCUGCUCAAGCACAUGGUCCUGGUAGCCAUUGACUACUGGCUGGCCAAGUGGACCGACAGCGCCCUGACCCUGACCCCUGCAGCCAGGAACUGCUCCCUCAGCCAGGAGUGCUCCCUCGACCAGACUGUCUACGCCAUGGUGUUCACGGUGCUCUGCAGCCUGGGCAUCGUGCUGUGCCUCGUCACGUCUGUCACUGUGGAGUGGACAGGGCUGAAGGUGGCCAAGAGGCUGCACCGCAGCCUGCUGAACCGGAUCAUCCUAGCCCCUAUGAGGUUUUUUGAGACCACGCCCCUUGGGAGCAUCCUGAACAGAUUUUCAUCCGACUGUAACACCAUCGACCAGCACAUCCCAUCCACACUGGAGUGCCUGAGUCGCUCCACCCUGCUCUGUGUCUCAGCCCUGGCCGUCAUCUCCUAUGUCACACCUGUGUUCCUCGUGGCCCUCUUGCCCCUGGCCGUCGUGUGCUACUUCAUCCAGAAGUACUUCCGGGUGGCGUCCAGGGACCUGCAGCAGCUGGAUGACACCACCCAGCUUCCACUGCUCUCGCACUUUGCUGAAACCGUGGAAGGGCUCACCACCAUUCGGGCCUUCAGGUACGAGGCCCGGUUCCAGCAGAAGCUUCUCGAAUACACAGACUCCAACAACAUUGCUUCCCUCUUCCUCACGGCUGCCAACAGAUGGCUGGAAGUCCGAAUGGAGUACAUCGGUGCAUGUGUGGUGCUCAUCGCGGCCGUGACCUCCAUCUCCAACUCCCUGCACCGGGAGCUCUCUGCUGGCCUGGUGGGCCUGGGCCUCACCUAUGCCCUAAUGGUUUCCAACUACCUCAACUGGAUGGUGAGGAACCUGGCAGACAUGGAGCUCCAGCUGGGUGCCGUGAAGCGCAUCCACGGGCUCCUGAAAACUGAGGCAGAGAGCUACGAGGGGCUCCUGGCACCAUCGCUGAUCCCAAAGAACUGGCCAGACCAAGGGAAGAUCCAGAUCCAGAACCUGAGCGUGCGCUACGACAGCUCCCUGAAGCCAGUGCUAAAGCACGUCAACGCCCUCAUCUCCCCAGGACAGAAGAUUGGGAUCUGCGGCCGCACAGGCAGUGGGAAGUCCUCCUUCUCUCUUGCCUUCUUCCGCAUGGUGGACAUGUUCGAAGGGCGCAUCAUCAUUGAUGGCAUUGAUAUCGCCAAACUGCCACUGCACACCCUGCGCUCACGCCUCUCCAUCAUCCUGCAGGACCCGGUCCUCUUCAGCGGCACCAUCCGAUUUAACCUGGACCCGGAGAGGAAGUGCUCAGACAGCACACUGUGGGAGGCCCUGGAAAUUGCCCAGCUGAAGCUGGUGGUGAAGGCCCUACCAGGAGGCCUUGAUGCCAUCAUCACAGAAGGCGGGGAGAAUUUCAGCCAGGGACAGAGGCAGCUGUUCUGCCUGGCUCGGGCCUUCGUGAGGAAGACCAGCAUCUUCAUCAUGGACGAAGCCACAGCUUCCAUUGACAUGGCCACGGAAAACAUCCUCCAAAAGGUGGUGAUGACAGCCUUCGCAGACCGCACCGUGGUCACCAUCGCGCAUCGAGUGCACACCAUCCUGAGUGCAGACCUGGUGAUCGUCCUGAAGCGGGGCGCCAUCCUUGAGUUCGAUAAGCCAGAGAAGCUGCUCAGCCGGAAGGACAGCGUCUUCGCCUCCUUCGUCCGUGCAGACAAGUGACCUGCCAGAGCCCAAGUGCCAUCCCACACUCCGACCCUGCCCAUACCCUUGCCUGGGUUUUCUAACUGUAAAUCACUUGUAAAUAAAGAGAUUUGAUUCUUUCCUA